AUGAUGGGUGGCAAAAAGACUUUUGCGAUUAUACGUGCCGUCUACGAGCAUCGUUUUUCCCAGGAGGAUUUCGUUCGUGAGUUGGAUUUUGUGCUGGAAAAAAAUGUAAAUGUUGUUAUCAUUGAGCCAGAUGAUUUGGGUGAGGUCACUUGGCGUUGGAUUCACACCGGGAACUGGCUUCACAAGACUGCUGUAAUCUCUGGUACGUGGUAA